AUGGUUUCUGAUUGUUUUCCCGGUAGUGAAACUGUGGAUGGCCACCAAUGGAUGCAAUAUCUGAAGAAAUUUCGUCAUCAAUGGUAUUCCUUAUAUAUGAGAGAUCAAUUCACAGCGUGGAUGUUGACAAUGCAAGCCAGUGAGUCGUGCAAUGCACAAGUGCGACUCUUCUUGACACCGAAACAUAAUCUCGACGAGUUUUUCAUCCACUUUACCUAG